AUGGUUAAAUCGGUCAAUGUUGCCAUUAUUGGCUCAGGUGUUGUUGGUUCAGCUUUUAUCAACCAAUUGAACAACUUGAAAAGUAAAAUCGCAUACAAUGUUGUCUACUUGGCCAGAUCAUCAAAGGAGGCACUUUACAAUAAAGACUACAAACCAGUCGAUUUAGCAAGCUAUAAAACUGCUUCAGCAGAACCAGUAUUGGGCUUGGAUGAUUUAGUAGUUUACUUAAAAGGUGCUCAUAAACCAACUAUUCUUGUUGAUAAUACUUCAAACGAAACCAUUGCAAACUACUAUCCUACUUUUAUUAAGGAAGGAAUCUCAAUUGCUACCCCUAACAAAAAGGCUUUCUCCUCUUCAUUGAAGAUUUGGAAUGAUAUUUUUACAAAUGCCGAGCAAGAUGGUGCUGGACUUGUGUACCAUGAGUCAACUGUGGGCGCGGGUUUACCCAUCAUUGGUCCAUUAAAGGAUUUAGUUUUGACUGGUGAUAAAGUUGAAACUAUUGAAGGUAUCUUUUCCGGAACCUUAUCUUAUAUCUUUAAUGAGUUCUCUACUCCAGAGAAAGCCGAGAAAGUCAACUUUUCCGAUAUUGUUACCAAGGCAAAGAACUUGGGCUACACCGAACCAGACCCUAGAGACGAUUUAAACGGGUUGGAUGUUGCUAGAAAAGUUACAAUUUUGGCACGUAUCUCUGGCUUUGAAGUCGAGAGCCCAACGAGUUUUCCGGUUGAGAGUUUGAUUCCUAAACCAUUAGAAUCAGUUGCUAGUGCUGACGAAUUUUUACAAAAAUUACCAGAAUAUGACUCCGAAAUUCAAAAAGUUAAGGACGAAGCCUUUGCCGAGGGUAAAGUGUUGAGGUUCAUUGGAAAAGUCGACUUCAAGAACAACAAGGUAUCAGUUGAGAUUGGAAAGUACCCAUUCGAUCAUCCAUUUGCGUCAUUGAAAGGAAGUGACAAUGUUGUUGCCAUCAAAACAGACAGAUACCCUAACCCAUUGAUUAUCCAGGGUGCAGGUGCAGGUGCAGAGGUUACAGCCCAUGGUGUCUUGGCUGAUACUGUAAAGAUUGCUGAAAGAAUUGCUAACUGA